GGAGCGCAGUCGCUCUUUGUGUGGGACUCGGUAAAGGGGCAACUGAGUUCGGGUCCGUACCAUCCUGCUAACUGACCGACACACCGGAGCUCUUCACACCGCCUCACAGGCUGUUUUCUACCGCGGUCCAGUUUCCAAAAUCCUCCCGGGCCUGUCAGACUGUGAGCAGCCAUGUUUAAGACCAGCAGUGACGACUUGUUCCUCCCGUCCUACCAAGACGAGGAGCUGGUGGACCAGCUGCUGUCCAGUGAGGAGGCGGAUGGAGACGGAGGAGGAGGAGGAGGAGGAGGUGAGGGGCUCUCCCUGGCUAAAGCCCUGCUCCCCCUGGUGGAGUCCUCCUCCCCUCCCCUCAUCCCCUGGGUCUGCUCCACCCGCUAUAAGACGGAGCUCUGCACCAGCUACUCGGCCACUGGCUUCUGCAACUACGCCGAGCGCUGCCAGUUCGCCCACGGCCUCCACGAGCUCCACGUUCCCUUCCGCCACCCCAAGUACAAGACGGAGCUGUGCCGCAGCUUCCACACCACCGGCUACUGUUACUACGGCAGCCGCUGCCUGUUUGUCCACAACCCCACAGAGCAGCGCCCCGCCCUGCGCCGGCGCAGGAACGUCCCCUGUCGCACCUUCCGCUCCUUUGGCGUUUGUCCCUUUGGCACCCGCUGUAACUUCCUGCACGUGGACGGUGGAGACGUAGGCAGCGGUCCUGAGUCGCCUGAUAUCUGUGAGAAGACGCCACCUGUUCCCAGCCCGCAGCGCCAACCUUCGACCAAGGAGUGGAAGCCACGCGGAGCUCUGUGCCGCACCUUCAGCUCCUUUGGCUUCUGCCUGUACGGAACGCGCUGCCGCUUCCAGCAUGGCCUCCCCAGCAAGGUCAAGACUUCGGAGCAGACCCAGGGCGGGUCCUCCUAUCCUCCGCCAUUCUCUGGCAGCUCAGGUUUACCCUCUCCCACCUCCCCUUUCACCUCCACCUCACCCACCUCCUCAACCUCCUCCUCUCCUCCUUCAGCCUCCCCUCUGGCCACCCCGCCCGCAGAGGCCACAGCCCACAACGCCUUCACGUUCUCCAGCCAGCACCUGAGCGACCUGCUGCUGCCGCUCGCCCUCCACCUGCAGCAGCUGGAGAGCAGCAAGGCGCAGGACAUCUGGGACAACAGGGCGCUCUGAACGCAGCUCCACAUUCAGCACUGAUCACCAAAGCUCAAUAAAUGUUUGGUUUGUUUUAUUUUAACUCUGUCCUCUCCCCGGGGCAUUUAUUAUAUAUUUUUUAAAUUGCUUUAGUUUGACCUGAGAGCCGGUGUGAGCAGGUUGAGCGGCUGCCAGCUGCUCAGCUGCUCAGCUGCAGAGCAGCAGUCUGUUGUAGUUUGAGUUGUGGUCUCUGGAUUCACUACAGGUGGAGCUAUGAGUGUAUUUAACUUUUUAACUAUUGUAAAUACUUUAUUAAUGAACUGAGUAAAUGAAACGUUUGACCUCAGAAUCGUGAAUAAACAAUUUUAAUCUCUAA